CUUACUAGCUGGACAAUUUCACAUCAUUCCGAAAGUGUGAGCUGAAGUAGUUUAGAUUAAAAUGGUUUCUCACAACUCCUUCCGGGUGUUGGGAUACAUCACUUCUACUCAUCAUCAAUUCAAGCCACAUGGUGACGGUUCCUGAUGGAUAUAAUUCUUCAGAACGUCGUGUUGUAGGAACAAGCGUUAUGGCUCUUAUUGGUUCCGUUAUUGCUUUGAUAUUUGAUUUACAGUUGAUUUUCGGAAUGUUCAUGCGCCGAGAAAACUUAAUCCACAACCAUAUUCGUUUCAUUGGUGGUGCAUGCACUUUGCUGGUGAUAGUGUUAUUCAUCAGUUGCAUAGCAACUGGAAUAAUAAUUGGAAGCGAUGUGAGAGGUCCAAACGGCGAAAUAAUAAGCGCACUUAUCAUAUCUUCGACGCUACUUCACAUUACCGGAAUUACAAUAAUCACAGUGGUUUUCUCGUUCAUAAUGUGGGUGCUGCAGGGUGUUAUUGCUUGUGUCAAACAGGAUAAAAUUAAUAUGGUGACUAACAUGAAUGAGAACUUAAUUUAAGGGCAUACCCAUAAACAUUUUUUUGUAAAUUCACAACCAAGAUAAAUUCAUAUAUGAUUAGAGAGCGCAUUGACCCUAUCAAAAAAGUAAAACCAGAAACAAAUACAUGUAUGUGAGGAGAAUAUGGACACAAUUUGAUUCGUGUAAAAUUAGGUUUUAAAAUCUAAGAAAAUAAUCAAACAAAAAUACGUUUUACCAUUUUGCCAAUGACACCUAGCACCUUUUUAAAAUGCAUUUUUUGGCUUUGUAA